AUGGAAAGCAUUAAAAUAAAUGAAGACCAAAAUGAACACACUCCACGUAAGGAAAAGAAUAAUUUUACCACCUUCGAACAUAAUGACGUAGUGUUCUUCAAGCACAAGGAGAAAAACAGAAUAGGAAUUGGAAGAAUAGUCAAUUUUUACACAGAGCUCAAAGUUAACGAUAUUCAUUUAUCAUCCGAUCAUAACGUAACCAUCGCCAACUACGUCAAAAUUUUGAACAAUAUAAAUGAUGAAAAAUAUGUCCAAAGUUACAUCGCAAAUUUAAGCAGCGAAAAUGUAGCCAGCACGACGUACCAACCUUCUAACUCCAAUCCAAAUGAAGAAGUCAAUUGUAAGCCUUACGAAAAGGAGCAAAAAGGGGACAAUACAUGUGCCGAUUUGAAGGAAAAAAAUGAAGAAAAAGAAAUGCACACCAACACAAAAACGGGAAUGAAUAACAACAACGCCAAUAACCCCGAAUUCAAAUGCGAAGUGAAAAAAAGACGUAGGAGAAGAAGAAGGAGAUACACAAAGGAUUCUGCCCUUAUGCAUAGUAACAGCAUAAUUAAUUGCGUAAUACGUAAAAAUGAUGAAAAAAGAAAAGCCAGAGAAAUAUUCUAUAUUGUCCAAUCGUUGGAAAAUUAUAAAUACACUUUACAAUACAAAAAAGCCUUCAAACAUUAUAAAUUAUUUACGCAUAAAAAGUGGGAACUUAUCAAAUCUCUCUUCUGCAAAAACAUACAAAAUAAAGUCAGCUUCGUUCUCGCCGUGAAAUUAUUGGAAGUUAAAAAGGUAUACUCGCACAAUGUAAAUUUACAAAAUGUUAUGAUAAAUAAUUUGAUGAAAAUUUAUAAAAGCGAAAAAGAUCUCCAUGUAGAUCACCUUGUCCUAAAUUUUAUUAAAAAAGUAGACGUCCGAAUUAUAUUGCAAAAUAAUGUCCUCAUAACUAAUGACGACUUUAAUGAAAUUACUUCAAGGAACAGAAAGGAGAAUGAAGAGGACAGCAAAUGGAAGAUGUUCCACUCGAAUGAGGUGGGUCCCCAUCUGGAUGAAGCAAAUGCGAACACCCGGGGAAAAAUGACCCAUUUGUGGUCUUCCCACAGAGGAAGUUGCCGGAGCGGCAAAGUGGGAAGCGACUACGACAGUGACAUAAACACACCCAAUCAGGGUGGUCAUGUGGAUGGUCACCAUAAUCACAUGCACCACGCAAGUAAUGUAAAAUAUUCCGGCAAGUACGCCGUAGAAUGGGGGACGAAGGACCGCCCUAACUUUGGGAAGAAGCACCCCCCCAAGUACGCGAUGAAGUACCUCACUGACCACGGGACGAAGAAACCGACUGAUUCCUCCCUUUACACCGACGACGGAGAAAGCUCCUUCAAAUUGCUCAAAAAUGACCACAUCAACCUCCAAAAUUACGCAAGCAGAAGAAAAAUAAUAGAAGGGGAAACGUAUCAGUACGAAUUGAAAGGAAAUCUACUGGCCAAGUUUAGAUCCCCACAAGGGAUUGAAUACAGAGCAUGCAUUAAAAACAUUUGCAAAGGUAAAAAUACCAUCCUUUCCUACUUCUUAAUAGUCCCCUCCUUCUUCUGGGUCAACGAUUCUUACUACUUCUCAUGCUUAAACAUCGAUAUGGACAUUUUCCAACUUUUGGAAAUUAUCAAAAUUGUCGAUAAGUCAAAAAAGAGACAAAUAGAAAGCAUACCUUUUGCUGAGUAUAAAUGUUUAAGCAAAAAUUACGACUGCAUGUAUAACACUAAAUAUAGUGGGGUCCACAGCAUGUUAGGAAAGGGGAUAGCUACAGAUAAUGCGCUCGUAAAAGUCCAGGUGCCUGCCGCAAAGAGGAUUAUAACGAAAAAGAGAAGAAAGCGCAGAAGGCGUACACUAAAAAUGGAAAUAGGCGAGACAACAGGAUAUGAACGUGGAUUAGAUAAACCAUUAAGGGAUAGUGUCACCACGGAAGAAACACGAAGGACAAUUUGGAAAAGGAAAAAGGAACAAGAAGAAUACCUAGAUGGUAAGAGUGACGGAGGCUUAAACAUUAAGAAAAGAAAAGAGGAGAUGAUGCAGACAGAAGUAACCGAAAUAAAACGCAAGGGGAGAAGGAAGACAGUAGUACCAAUUCAAGAGGAGAACAAUGGGGAAGAAGAGGAGCAAGAAAUAAAGAAAGAAAUGGAAGAGGAGAUACUCCACGAAAAUGAACAGCAAGUGUGCCACAAAAAUGAGGAAGAAGUGUACCAAAAAAAUGAAGAAGAAGUGCACCACAAAGAGGAAGAGAAAGUACCCCACGAAAACGAAACGAAAGCGCAGAACAAAGAAACAGAAACGCACUCCCUUUUCAAAACGCCACACAUUCUUCAUGGGGAUAAUCCAACCAAAAUGACGCAGGAUUCAUCUACAAAAAGAACCAUAUUCAACAUAAACAAGGAAAGAACAAAGACAUACCUUACCAAAUUAGCACUUUUUUUUAAAUUUUCAAAGGAGCGCGAACAAAAAUUGAAGCAGGAUGAUGAAGAUGGUACAAAAGGAAAUGAACCCCAAACGGUGGGAAGCGAAACUGCACAUGAAAAUGGCUACAUGAAAGACGAUAAAAAGGUGGCAACAGUUAUAACGAAUGAGAACGAACACAGCAUAAACGUAAUAGCCAAGGUGAAUGAGCAGAAGGAAGAAGUAAACUUAAGAAAAGAAGAUCCAGAUGAUAAGGCUCCCAAGGAAAAUACCAAUGAACGAUAUGCAGAUAUGAAUGAAGCCACACGGGACUCAGACGAUCAAAUGGAACACCCAGAUGAUGCACCUACUAGUAAAUUCAUUGCAAAUGGUAAAGAGGUAGAUGAAGACAACGUUCUGGAUUCCCGCUCCGUGGGUAAAGGAAACCCAGACGAGAUGCACAAACAUGUCAACUAUCAACAAGAAUGUGUGGAUGAAAAUGUAAUAACAAUAAGCGACCAUACCGAUCCCUUAAAUGACGAUGAUGGGAACACCUCUAGUGUAAUUCUUGAAGAAGAAGUUGUAGAGGAUAACCCUAAAGAGCUACAAAGCAUAGUGGAACCUUCAUAUCAGAAAAUGGGCCAAAUGGACAUUACAAGUGAGGAAGAAAUUUUUAAAAAAGAAAAUUUUGUACACCUUAAUGAAGAUAACUAUGCAAAACCUACAAAUUACAAAAAUGACAUUCUGGGUGAUAAAACGGAUUCACUCAAUGGCGACAGUAGAAGCUAUCAGAACGAAUCGACCAUAAGCCAGAAUUCUUACGAAAAGAAGGGAACAACUAAUUACUAUAAUGGUAGAGACCAGAAUGAGUCAACGACUAGCCAAAAUUCCUACGAAAAGAAUGAAUCAGUAAACUGCGAAAAUAUAUGCGAUAGAAACGAAUUCACGGCUAGCCCAAAUUACGACGAAAAUAUUGAACAGACCACCGGAGUAGUAACGAGCGAAGUGAACCGUCCAAUGUACGGCACAUAUAUGAGCUUCCCAAACGAACAGAUAAACGGAACCAUAAUUAGUGAUGCAAACCAUGUAGGUAACCGAUCGAAGAUGCGCGUCAGACAAGUGAUCAACACAGCCAACCUUGUGAAAAAAGAGUCCCAACAAAAUGAUCAUCAUAAUUUAACAGUGCACAUGGACUUCCCACAUAAAAAUAAUACGCCCAAUAGGUAUAGCACCACGCAAGCCUACUGCAACAAGUACUGUAAGAACAAACAGGUGGAGCACAUAAACAACCCCCUAGACGAUGAAAAAAUUAAAAAAAUUGAAGCGCUGUAUAAAUUUUGCAAAGAGGACAUAAACAUUUUACUAUACGUUUACGUCAUGCAUAUAUAUGUGAACAAAUUAUGCAAAAACGUAAUUGUGAAGGUACUAAAUCCCAAGUGUAAAAAUGUGAAAAAAAAGGAAUAUCCUGAUAACGACUUCAUUUUAACGCCCCUAAUAGGGUACUCGUACGCGAAUUAUUACUACUUAAAAAUAAAUAAAAGGAAAAGAAGAACGAAAAUGAAAGGAAAAACGGAAAUGAAAACGGAAGAAAAAGCAAAAACGGAAAUAAAAAUCGAUAAGAGAUUCAAACUAAUAAAGAAAACUUUGAUAACCAAGAAAAGGAAAAGGAAAAAAAGAAAAAAACUAGGACAAAAAAAAAAAUUAAUAGAACAAACCAAAACAGAAGUUAAAAGAAGGAAGAGGAGAAGAAGAAAAGGAGGAACUCACCAGAAAAAAAGUGACCUUUUAAGUGACACAGACGUCAAGCCAGAAAGGUCUAGGUCUAGUUUGAAAACAGUUUCAAAAAUGGAAAACGUAGAUGAUAAAACGUGUGCAAAAACAAAAAAUGUAUUAAAAUAUACCACAAAAUUUGUAAAUUUUUAUUUAUGGGGUAUAUACAAUUGGAACUACAACAAAACUCUUCGCGUUUCUUUUAAUAACAUUUCGAAUAAAAAAAUAAGCAACUUUGAUAUUCACAAUUUCUUUUUUUACAAUUAUGACACCAUCUCCGAAUUAAAUGAAAUAAACAAGGACCUAAACACAUUAAUAAGCAUUUACAGAAACGUAAGAAAUGUUUUGUAUCAAAAUUCGUCCAUUUAUAGAAAAUUAUUUUUAUUAAAACCUACGAACACCAUGGCCAGGACGCAUUCGGAUGAUGAGCUAAUAAAAUUCUGGCUAGAUACACUAAACGAGCUGCAUCAAAUCAGGGAUGGAUUUUGCAAAUUCUUUUAAAACUCUUAUGCAAGCAUAAGUAGUAGGUAUACGGGCGUAUAUCAAUGC